AUGGGCCUUCUGGUCUGUGAGCUUCAAUUAUAUGCUAUAGAUGAAAGUGAACUACAUGUCUCUACUCCUAACAUUAUUGAUCAAAAUGAGUAUCAUAAUAUUGCGGUAGAUGUUGGAACAGAUUGUGAUUCAUCUGAUGAGGAGAAAAAUGUUGGACUUAACUCUAGUGAUCGUGACAGUGAAGAAUUAGAACUCUUUAGAAAGGAAAGAACUCAAGAUGUUAAUGAAAAGCUUGACAAGUUUUUACACUUGGAAAAAGGCAUGAGUUUUAAAGAUUUGUUUGAAGCUAAAAGAGUCGUGGGAUUCUAUGCAGUUGCUAAUAAGGUUGGUCUUAAAGUAAAACAAUCGGACACUACUAGACUUAGAUAUGUAUGUGAUACUGGAUGCCCUUUUGUGUGCUUGAUAUCUAAGGAUAAUAAAGAUCAAGGAUUUAAAAUCAAGACUUUGGAGACAAAACAUAAAUGUGAUUCAGCAUUUCAUAAUAGAAGAGCUACUCCUGAUGUUUUAGCACAUUAUUUCAAGAACAAAGUCCAAAAUGAUCCCAAGUACAAGAUCAAACAAAUGAGGGUGGACAUGGAUCAGAAAUUUAAACUGAAUAUUAGUUAUUCUAAGAUGAAGAGAGUUAAGAAGCUUGUCUUAGAGGAAUUAGAGGGUAGCUUCAUUGAUGAUUUCAAUAGGUUAGAGGCCUAUGCUCAAGAAUUGAGGGAUAGUAAUCCUGGUACAGAUGUGGUUAUAAACAUAUCAAAAAAUGCUUUGACAGAAGGAAAAAGUAGAUUUUUGAGAAUGUAUGUGUGCUUUCAAGCUUUGAAAAGUGGUUGGAAAGCAGGAUUGAGGCCUCUAAUAGGUUUGGAUGGCACAUUUUUGAAAGGAAAAUGUAAGGGAAUUUUAUUGGUUGCUAUGGCACAAGAUUCAGCAAAACACCUUUAUCCACUUGCUUGGGCCGUGGUGGAUAAAGAAACAAAUAGAACUUGGAAGUGGUUUAUGGAGCUAUUGAGAUCUUCUUUAGAGUUGAGGGAGGGUGAAGGAGUUACAUUUAUAUCAGAUAUGCAAAAGGGGUUGAUUGGUGCUGUUGAUUGA